UGAUUGGCUGUUGCUGUCGGAAGCGCGAUUUUCAAAUGUGUCAGCUGCGAGCUUUCGCUGUGGUUCCGGAGGGGCUUUAACGCUUUGCUGUAGGAAGAGUGGUCUCCGCACACGGGUUACAUUCGCUAGCUCUGCUCCGGGAGGGGAAUCGUGACUGCCGACUGGAGAUCACGCCGUGGUCAUGUCUUCCCAGAAUUCUUUUAUGUCCAGCAAGAAGGACGACAAAGGGAAAAACAUCCAGGUUGUGGUCAGAUGCCGUCCCUUCAAUCAGUUGGAACGCAAGGCAAGCUCUCACUCUGUGUUGGAAUGUGAUGCUCCAAGGAAAGAAGUCUGUGUUCGAACUGGAGGAAUAAAUGACAAACUGGGGAAGAAGACCUAUACUUUUGAUAUGGUGUUUGGCCCUGCAGCCAAGCAGAUUGAUGUGUAUAGAAGUGUUGUUUGUCCCAUCUUGGAUGAAGUUAUUAUGGGAUAUAACUGUACAGUCUUUGCGUAUGGUCAGACUGGCACAGGAAAGACCUUUACUAUGGAAGGGGAAAGAUCAGCAGAUGAAGAGUUUACUUGGGAGCAGGACCCUCUGGCAGGGAUUAUUCCUCGAACGCUGCAUCAAAUAUUUGAGAAGCUGUCUGAGAAUGGCACAGAGUUUUCAGUGAAAGUCUCUCUUCUGGAAAUCUACAAUGAGGAACUAUUUGAUCUGCUGAGCCCUUCUCCCGACGUUGGGGAAAGGCUGCAAAUGUUCGAUGAUCCUCGGAACAAAAGAGGAGUCAUUAUUAAAGGGCUGGAGGAGGUAUCUGUGCAUAACAAAGAUGAGGUGUACCAUAUAUUGGAGAGAGGCGCAGCUAGGAGAAAAACUGCUUCUACUCUGAUGAAUGCAUACUCCAGUCGAUCGCAUUCUGUGUUCUCCGUCACGAUUCACAUGAAAGAAACUACAGUUGAUGGAGAAGAGCUUGUGAAGAUCGGAAAGCUGAACUUGGUGGAUCUGGCAGGAAGUGAAAAUAUCGGCCGUUCUGGAGCCGUGGACAAGAGAGCACGGGAAGCUGGAAAUAUCAACCAGUCUCUGCUGACCUUGGGCAGGGUAAUCACUGCUCUUGUGGAGAGAGCUCCUCAUAUUCCGUACAGAGAAUCCAAACUCACAAGGAUCCUGCAGGAUUCUCUCGGUGGGAGGACAAAAACAUCCAUCAUUGCCACAGUGUCUCCUGCAUCUAUCAAUCUAGAGGAAACAGUAAGCACUUUGGAAUAUGCCAACAGAGCAAAGAAUAUCAUGAAUAAGCCUGAGGUUAACCAGAAACUUACAAAGAGGGCACUCAUCAAGGAGUACACCGAAGAGAUUGAGCGACUCAAGAGGGACCUUGCUACAGCCAGAGAGAAGAAUGGAGUUUAUUUAUCCAAUGAGAACUAUGAACAAUUACAGGGAAAAGUUCUGUCCCAAGAAGAGAUUAUUACUGAGUAUACUGAGAAAAUUACUGCCAUGGAGGAGGAGAUCAAAAGAAUCAAUGAGCUGUUUGCUGAGAACAAAAAGGAGCUGGAGGAGUGCACGACCAUCCUUCAGUGUAAGGAGAAGGAGCUGGAGGAAACGCAGAAAAACCUGCAUGAAUCAAAGGAGCAGCUGGCUCAGGAAGCAUUUGUGGUGACAGCCUUAGAGACCACAGAAAAGAAGCUACAUGGCACUGCAAACAAGUUAUUGACCACCGUAAGGGAGACGUCAAAGGAUGUGUCGGGGCUCCAUGCGAAGCUGGACCGAAAAAGGGCUGUGGACCAGCACAACACUCAGGUUCACGAAAACUUUGCCGAACAAAUGGAUAAACGGUUCAGUGUGAUUGAGCGAUCUGUGGAUGAGUACAGCGUGAAGCAGCAAGGGAUGCUGGAUUUCUAUACUAACUCCAUCGACAACCUUCUUGGUGCCAGUUCUGCUGCACUGAGCGUAACAGCCACUGCCGUUGCCAAGUCAUUCACCUCUGUACAGGAAACAGUGUCGGAGAAAGUGUCGCACAGCGUUGAUGAGAUACUGAAGCAGGAAACAUUGUCUUCUCAAGCUAAAGAUGAUCUACAGAAGCUUAUGGCCGCGCAUCGCACAGGGCUGGAGCAGGCACUAAGGACCGAUUUGCUUCCGGUUGUGACGGCUGUUUUGAACCUGAAUUCUCAUUUGAGUCAUUGCUUGCAGAACUUCCAAGCUGUGGCUGACAAGAUUGAUUCUCAUAAAGAAGAAAUGAAUUCAUUUUUCACCGAACAUUCUAGAUCGCUACACAGACUCCGACUGGAUUCAGGUUCUGCCUUAUCCAGUAUUCAGUCAGAAUAUGAAAGCCUAAAAGUGGAGAUUGAGACGGCUCAGUCCAUGCAUUCAGAGGGGGUAAAUAAUCUCAUUGGUUCUCUACAAAACCAGCUGAACUUGCUUGCCAUGGAGACUCAGCAGAAUUUUUCUGGAUUUCUGGCUAAAGGAGGGAAGCUGCAGAAGUCUGUAGGCUGUCUGCAACAGGAUUUGGAUUCGAUAUCUUCAGAUGCCAUAGAACACACCUCUUCCCAUCAUGACAAGUUUGCCGGGCAGUCUCAGGACAUAGCUGUGGAGAUCAGACAGCUGGCAGCUUCUAAUAUGGGCACCUUGGAGGAGUCCAGCAAACAGUGCGAGAAGCUCACCGGCAGUAUCAAUGCCAUCUCUCGGGAAUCCCAGCACUGGUGUGAAAGUGCCAGCCAGCAGAUUGACUCUCUGUUAGAGGAGCAAGUGUGUUACCUGCGUACCAGCAAAAAACAUCUCCAGAGCUUACAGAAGGACGUAGAAGUCGGCUGUGGAGCGUCGGUGGUAGAAAUAACCGAGCAUGUGAAUGCGCAGCGCCAGGCUGAGGAGAAGGCAUUAACCAGCUUGGUGGAACAAGUCAGGGAUGACAAGGAGAUGCUUGGAGAACAGCGCUUGGAACUCCAUGAACAAGUACAGAGCGGCCAAAACAAAGUAAAUAGCUACCUCAACGAGGAACUCAGGAAUGAUGUGCCAACAGGUACAACACCCCAGAGAAGGGAUUACGUGUAUCCAUCGUUGCUCGUAAGAACAAAGCCCAGGGAUGUGCUGCUGGAGCAAUUUAGGCAACAGCAACAAGAAUAUCUGGAAUCCAUAUCCAGCGUCAUCUCGGAGGCUGUGGAACCCCCUGUCGAGCAGGACUCGCUAGAAGACGAGCCACCGGUUGCAGUCAAUGACAGCGUCAUGAGUGAGAAAUCCUGCAUAGAUCUCAGUAUGGUCUGUCAGGAGAAUGGAGGCGUUCCAUUCUUCCAGCAAAAGAAAGCACUUCGAAAGGAAAAGGAAAACAGAGCAAAUACAACACUUUUGGAGAGAUCUAAAAUCAUGGACGAGGCAGAACAGUCCCUUCCCAAGUCGAAACUCCCACUGCGGAUGCAGAACUGAAGCACUUGCUCGGCCUCUCUGUUUAACCCUAUGAGUGACUGUGCGGCUCUGUAUUUCUGUGCAGAAUUUUUAUACAUUUUAAUUGUCGUGUGUAUCCAUGCCGGGCCGGGUGUUGUGUAUGCAGAACUUUUACAUAUCUGGGAUAUAUAUGUGUGUUUGUCUAUUGUCCUUUGUAUGUUAAACAUUAAAAAUACUUUCUAAAGUUGAAGCUUCAGCAGCUUUCAAGUUAGAUUUAUGGAGAAGUGUAUUUGUUAAUUUUAUUGAUAAAUAAAUAUUUCCUUUAA